AUGCCUGCUGCGACACUCGACGACUUUGUGGACCUAUUCGGUGACGAAGAUGUCGACGAAGACCCCGAUUACGUACCAGUCGAGAACAACGAUAUCGAUUCCGACGACUCUGAGGAUUCAGACUCCGAAAACGCACGCGGUGAACCAAUCUCACGCUCUCGUACGCGACAGUUUCGUGAGGGCAUCACCAACGAUGAACUAUUUGGGAAGGUCCGGAGACUGUUGGACAUCAUGGGGGUAAUGGGCCUUGACUUGGCCAUAGUCCUGGAUGUUAUCACUUGGUUGGACGAGGACUCCAUAGCCGAUGCGAAGUUUCGCUAUGCGCGUACAGCUUUGAUGACGAGCAUUGAGCUGCCUGGGAUCUUACGCCGCUGUGCAAAUCCUCCAGGAGACAAUUCAGGAGAGGGUCAGAUACGGAGAAAAGUAUUUGAUGAUUUUGCACUCGAGCAUAUUGGGAAGAAGGUGAAGAAGGAUAUUCAGAGGAUUUCAAAAGCUAUGUCUCCGCCAAAAGAUCCCCUUUCCCAGGAGGGCCUUGAGAGCACAGACUUCAAAAAACUUGCCGACUAUGUAUUCUCAGAUGAGGGUGCUCCGACGUUGACACGCAUCCUCAUGCAAGCCGGCUGGAGCAAGAACCAAGCUGAACGGAAUACUCAUAAGACCCCCAAAAAUGUUAUUCUUAUGAUCAUUUCCAUACUCUCUUACACCCGCUCUCACCACCGCAACCGUAUUCCACAACUCUUCGCCAUAUAUUUGAGGGCCAAUGGUCUUUCCGCUCGAGCAUUUGACGCUCUCCACGCGAUGGGCAUCGUCAUGAGUCACAAGUGGACCGCCAAUGCGAUCAUGGAUAUGUCUGAUCGUGCGAUGGAGGAGAUGUGUCUUGCAUUCGCCACGCGUUUCUCUCUAUUGAAUUACGACAACGGAAACAUACGAAGGCGUGUCUUCUCCAUGCGUAUCGAUCACGAGGGCAAUUUCCACUGCGUUGUCGUUGGAUGUUUAUGGGCCCUUCCUGCUCACAUCAAAAUCGAUGCCGCUACUCUCAACCGGGAGUUCCAACGAUCCCUUCAAGAGAACUGGAACAACUGUUUUGACUUCCGCGAAAUCCUCGAGACCCCCGACGACGUACGGCUACGGACAGAGGAGCACAACAUUCACCUCAUCUUGUCCUUCAUUCUUCAUGCCCCCGAACUCGGUGAUUACGAACAUCGCAACGAUCCCAUUCUCGCUCGACCUCCUCCUGUUGAUCAACUCCCAUACGGGCCAGAACACAUCCCUGAUCAAUUCAUUUUCCGAGUUGAGGACGUUGAUCAAGCCAGCUAUGAGGGCAACGAAGAGGUCCUCCAUAGAUAUCAGAAGCAGCUCAGAAUUGAUUCACUUGAAGAACGCAAGAAGACAUCCACAUCGAGAUUCAUCCCUAUUAUUGGUGACCAACUCACUCGUAGCCGCCUCCAAGGACUGUGGAAGUUCAAGUUCGCCGACAUGAAUGGAUACGAACGGCAGGACUGGACGCUACCUAUAUUUGGAUGGUUCCAUCUCAUCAUGGCACUGGCGAACAACCUCUACAAGCAAUAUUACGGGACUUCGAGCGGUAUAGGCUUCAAGCGUGCAUUCGAUCUUCUUAAUCGAAAAGGUCUGGACAAUGUUCAGACCAAAGGCCCAUUCUGGCACCACUUGAAUGAAGGCCUCUAUCAUGUAGCCGCAGCAAGCUUUCUCGCGUGCACAUUGGAGGUUGCACAGGUCCAUGAUCUAGCUGAGCUCAAGCAACUCAGUCCAGAAGCUCUUCGACAGGUGGCCAAAGAUGUUCACGAGCGCUACGCAACCCAUCGUGCUCUGAAACGCAUGGAUGCUUGUGCACAAGACAAGAAGCCUGACGAGUUCAAACGCCAAUCGGUUAUGUUCAACAUUGAUGUACUUGUCUACAUCAGCCUUCGUGAUGCAAUCAAACGAGGGGAUGUUGGGAGGAUGGAGGAUUCUCUCCCCCAUCUACUGCAGCGAUUUGCAGGUGGAGGGAACACUCAGUAUAUGGGAGAGGUAUUAGAUCUCAUUCAAGGGCUUCGUGUCGAGUGGCCCGAGGAAGUGAGGUCUCUUGUGAAGCGUCACUGCUGGGUGGUCAACCGAACCGGUAAAGAAGACGGUUCAACAGCGAUUGACCAGGCCAUGGAACAAGUCGUCGGUGAUGUUAAGUAUUGGCAUCAUAGCAUGGGACCCAAUGCGGGGAUAGAUUACAUGAGCAAAACAUCACCCGCCACCCGGAACCUCAAGAUUGUCAAGAAACAUUUCCUGGGGCAAAUUUCCAUGCUCCGGAAACGAGGCACCAAACACACUACACCGGACAGUGACAAGGACAUUGCACGAUACAUGACAGUGAUGAGAAGUGAAAAGUGGUUCAAAGAGAAAGGGCGCAAGAUGAAGGUAGACGCCAACCGUGCAAAGGAUUUCGCGACCGUGGGCGUGGUGACACUAUUUCAGGACGGCGCUAUUGAUCGUUGGUGGAAGGAGCAUUCUUUCAAGCGUGAGACAAAAGAGGAGUGGGAGGAUGAGAUGCCGGUGGAGAAUGAAGGGGGACUUAUAGAACCUGCAGGAGCCAAUGCACAGAAUGAGGAUGAAGAACAGGGAGUUCUGGGAGAGGAGGAAGAUGCACGUGAGGAAUUUGAUGGAGAGAACUCGAUUGACUCGGCAAACGAUCUUCGUGAGCGUCAAGAUGCGCUCGCUAACCCGGGUGGACUGGGUGGAAAUGAUGAUGGUCACGGGAUGGGACAGGACGAGGAGUUCUACGAAGGGGAUGAGAUGUGGGGCAUGGAAGAUUUUGAUGAGGGCGAAGGGAUGGUGGUGGAAGUGGAUCCAGUGACCGAGGAUGAGAUGGACAAGGAACACGAGGAGAUGGAGCCGGAGAGCUCAAGCGAGGAGCUGGAGGAGACCGGCUCGGAUGACACGAUCAACUCGGAUGAAGUUGAAUCGGAUGCAGAAGAAGUUGUAUCGAGCAAGGCUGAUGAGUCGGAGGGUGAUGAGGAAGUGGUAGGGUGA